AUGCAUGGUUCACGAUUGCGCCGAGUUCGAUGGUUCAUAUCUUACCUGAUUAAGUCUGACCACCGUCUCAUCCUUCUCAAGACCUCGAAUUGCCAGUCUCAACCUCAAAGGAAUCAGUUCCGAUUAAUGGUGGGGUGGACUGAGCAUCCCAAUUUUAAUCAGUUUGUGCAGGAUAAUUGGUGCUUUGAUAGGGACACUCAAAAAUCGACGUCUCUUGAUAGAAACGGAACUCCCCAACAACGUGAUGAAGAGCUGAGAAUCCGUAUUAAACUUGAAGAGGUCCUCGACCAGGAAGAACUGAUGUGGAAACAGAAGGCCUGUGACACAUGGCUACUUGAGGGAGACCGGAACACCAAGUAUUUCCAUAGUCGGGCUCUAUUUCGUCGGGAAAAUGGGGAGUGGUGCUAUGACGAGGAGACUCUUCGGAAUGAAGCCACUCGUUUUUUCCUCCAAUCUUUAUCUGGAUGA